CCUGCAGGCCAAAGAUAUGAGGGAGGUUUAGCAGCCCCGGCCACGGCCAUUCACACGUGCUGCUCCUCCUACUCUGCUUUUGCUUGCAGCUGGUCUGUGAUGAGCAGAGCCAGAGCUGCCUGCCCCUGCCCCUGCCCACCUCCCGCCGGUCGAGGCCGGAACGGACAGUGAUGAGUGCACGGAGUCAUGCUUGUGAGACUCGGAUUCGUGGUAUUAGCAACCUUCGCGGCGUUCACUCUUAAGCGAGGCAAGGGGCCUCCUAACAAAGACAAUGGCCAAGCAAAGAAGAAGGAGAAGGCUCGGGGUACUGCACAUGGGGAGAAAGAAGAGGAGGAGGAAGAGGUCAAGACGAUCAGCGGCAUAAUCAACUCGGCCCCGUCGGUGGACGACGAUGAGGACGACAUGUUCUCGGAGAUCGAGAGCCUCCUGGGCGGGGAGAUCGACAUCCCGAUACCGGGCGACAGGUUUGAGCGGUCCCGGUACAACGCGCACAUGGCCAACAACGCCGCCGAGAUGGAGCGGCUGCGCGGCCUGGUGAGGGAGCUGGAGGAGCGGGAGGUGAAGCUCGAGGGCGAGCUGCUCGAGUACUACGGCCUCAAGGAGCAGGAGACCGACGUGUCCGAGCUGCAGAAGCAGCUCAAGAUCAAGACGGUGGAGGUCGACAUGCUCAACAUCACCAUCAGCUCGCUGCAGGCCGAGAGAAAGAAGCUGCAGGAGGAUGUUGCCCGUGGCGCUGCCGCCAAGAAGGAGCUCGACGCGUCCAGGAGCAGGAUCAAGGAGCUGCAGCGCCAGAUACAGAUGGAGGCUAACCAGACCAAAGGCCAGCUGAUGCUGCUCAAGCAACAGGUGAUGGGGCUCAGGGCCAAGGAGGAGGAGGUGGCCAAGAAGGACGCCGAGAUCGAACAGAAGCUCAAGAAGCUCAAGAACCUGGAGGUGGAGGUGCUUGAGCUGAGGAGGAAGAACAAGGAGCUGCUGUAUGAGAAGAGGGACCUCAUGGUGAAGCUGGAUGCAGCACAAGGAAAAAUAACAGAGAGUGAUGUAGUUGCCCAUGCAAGAGAGGAGAUCAAUAACCUGAGACAUACAAAUGAGGACCUCACAAAGCAAGUGGAAGGCCUACAGAUGAACAGAUUCAGUGAAGUAGAGGAGCUGGUGUACCUGCGUUGGGUCAACGCCUGUCUGCGAUUCGAGCUCCGCAACUACCAGACACCAUCGGGCAAAAUCUCUGCCCGCGACCUCAGCACGAAGCUCAGCCCAAAGUCUCAGGAGAGGGCCAAACAGAUGAUGCUCGAAUUUGGGUCUGAGCGAGGCCAGGGCGACACUGACCUUGACAGUGUCUCCUCGGCACCUUCUUCCCCCAGAAGCGAAGACUUCGACACCGCUUCGAUCGACAGCUCUUCCAGCAGAUACAGCUUCCUAAGCAAGAGGCCGAACCUGAUGCAGAAACUCAAGAAGUGGGGAAGGAGCAAGGAUGAUGGCAGCUAUUUGUCAUCUCCGUCAUCGCGGUCCCUGACCAGUAGCUCUCCGAAGAGGAGCCAGAAACCAAAGGGCCCCCUGGAAUCUCUCAUGAUCAGAAAUGCAGGAGAUGGUAUGUCCAUUACAACAUUUGGAAAAAGGGAUCAAGAAUCCGGUGACAUAGAUGAUGCAAAUGUUGCAUCUUCAUUCCAGUUGAUGUCGAAGAAUGUUGAAGGCUUCGCUGAUGAAAAGUAUCCCGCUUACAAAGACCGGCAUAAGCUUGCGACGGAACGGGAGAAGGCGAUAAAAGAGAAGGCCGAGCAAGCCAGAGCACAAAGGUUUGGUGGUGGCUAUAGUUCAGCUCUAGCUCCUUCCCCGAGAGCUGCACUUCCCCCCAAACUCGCUCAAAUAAAGGAGAAGAAGGCCCCUGCAGUCAAUGCUGAAUCCGGCGAGCAAUCUAGUGAUAUCCCGAACAACCCCCUGGCUGUCACCCAGUUGAAGCUUGCCCAAAUUGAGAAGAGAGCUCCAAGAGUCCCCCGUCCACCUCCCACUUCAUCGGCCGCUGCUUCAGGAGCUACGAAUACUGCAAGUGGUGGGCCACCGAUGCCGCCACGCCCACCAGGUGCACCUCCUCCACCACCACCUCCAGGGAGACCCGGUGGCCCUCCGCCGCCACCACCGCCUCCCGGUUCUCUAUCCAAGAGCCUUGCUGGUGGUGACAAGGUACACCGUGCUCCGGAGGUCGUGGAGUUCUAUCAGAGUCUCAUGAAACGUGAAGCCAAGAAGGACACCACCUCUUUGGGAUCAAAAACAUCGAAUGUUUCUGAUAACAGAAGCAACAUGAUUGGAGAGAUUGAGAACAGAUCAACAUUCCUAUUAGCUGUCAAAGCUGAUGUGGAGACACAAGGAGAAUUUGUCGAGUCCCUAGCGGGUGAGGUCCGAGCAGCAAGAUUCGCGAAUAUCGAUGAUGUUGUUGCAUUUGUACAUUGGCUGGAUGAAGAGUUGUCAUUCUUGGUUGAUGAGAGAGCAGUGCUAAAGCAUUUCGAUUGGCCAGAGAGCAAAACUGAUGCAUUAAGAGAGGCCGCCUUUGAGUAUCAGGACCUGGUGAAACUAGAGAACAAGGCUACAUCCUUUGUCGAUGAUCCAAAACUUCCAUGUGAAGAAGCUUUGAAGAGGAUGUAUUCGUUGCUUGAGAAAGUGGAGCAGAGUGUUUACGCACUUCUUCGUACAAGAGACAUGACCACCGCACGGUACAAGGAGUAUGGAAUACCAGUUGAUUGGUUAUCUGAUUCUGGAAAAGUUGGCAAGAUCAAACUCGCGUCAGUUCAGCUGGCAAGGAAGUACAUGGAGAGGGUCACGUCGGAGCUCGACGCGUUGCAAGGCACGGACAAAGAGCCCAACAGGGAGUUCUUGCUUCUCCAGGGCGUCAGAUUUGCCUUCCGUGUUCAUCAGUUUGCUGGAGGCUUCGACGCAGACAGCAUGAAAGUCUUCGAGGAGCUGAGAAGCAAGAUGAGCAGCACGCAGGCACCCGCUCCGCCGACAUCUGACACAUAGCAAGGACUCAUCCGGAUUCCACUCUGGUUCAUUCGGAGGGCACGAUUAGUUGGCUAGCUAAACUGUACAAAAGAGAACUGUAAAUUCCAUUGUUGUGUUAAUCAAGUUGUAUAUGUCAGGUCUACAGGUUCUGAUCAUAUACUAUACCUAUACCCGUUUUUUGUCCGAGUUUGUCUGUCCGGUUGCAUAUUGUAACCGAGCAGUUUGUAAAAAGUGAACCACAGUAAUGAGAUACCACUACCUAGUUUUUGCUAGUUCCAA